AUGGAAAUCCGCUUCGAACGCAACCCCGAACAUGGAUGCAACGAACAAGACUCCGGCGAAGAGGACGAAGCCGAAGCCGAAGCCGAAGCCGAAUUUUGCUCCGAAUCGACGGCUCUGAACCCUCGCCCAGACUCGUACCCGCCCUCCAAGAUAUUGUCCUUGCGCACCGACUACGACCUCGAAGAAGCGAACAGUCGUCAUCAUAUAUUAUCAAUCGCCUUCGAACAAGCUCGACUGGCCUGGUCCUGCGCGGGCCUGUGGCUUUGACCCUGACCCUCCUCUUGCUUUGGUGGCUGCUUUCGCCAAGCCUUGAACGUGCAGCACUCGAUUUCUUCUCCGCUCCUCCACCACUACAUCCGCCGCGAGAGGUCAUCCUCGACCUCCUGGAUCCGUAUUUGUACGUCAAAGCGGGUGGUGCGAGCCUCUUGGAUCAAAACCACGUCGAAUGGGGUGAGUUGACCAGUGAAUGGUAGAACACUGCCCCGACCUCAGUGGAAUCGCUCACGCACCCGCGAUCCCCACCUUUGAUAGGUCCGUAUAGCUUGAUCGUGCCCGAAGGAACAAAGUGAACCGUCAAAGCCGGUCACGUCUUUCCCGUCGUGGUCCAAUGCGACGCCGACGUCGUCGGGAAGCCCGCCUGUGCGCCCCAAUACAUCAUCUACCUCCGUGGCCCCGUCGCCGAAGCCGUGUCUUCGAUCCCGAGCCUGUACCAACACGACUCUGCACGCGGAAGGACCCAAAUCAACGUCACCGUAACCCAAGCCGGCGUGUAUGAUCUAUGGAUUCUACCCGAGGCGGUCAGGGGCGAUCCGAACCACCCUUCGUGCCCGGACGAGAAUCGGCACUGGUACGUCCAGGGGAGCGGGCAGACGACUCUGCAGGUCUUGCCCUCCGUCGAUUCGACGGUUUUGGACGAGAUGAAGGAAUGCGAUGCCGCAGAUUAUGAAGGUCCGGUACCGGGGAGAUGGGUCAGUUUGAGACAUGUCCGAGAGGAGUAUCAAGGGACCGCGUGGGCGCGCAGUCAUCUGCGUAAGCAAUUUGAGCACAUGGCAGCUACUUGUUACUCGAGUCAAGCUUCUUUCCUCCAGCUAGCUCCUCGGUACAUUCCUUGUCACAGUUGCCCUCAACACCUCGCUAGCGGAUUACGUCUAUGCGCCGUACCGGUGCAAGAGGAAAGCACUCGACGUGGCGGCGUCGGUCGAAGCGCUCUCUUCGGUACGGCACGUCGCUUAUGUUGGCGACUCGAUCCUGCGCACCUCCUUCUGCGGUCAUCUCUACCCUUCUCUUCACAACCGAUCAUUCGGUGGCGGCUGUACGCCCGACGACCCCAAGAGCUCGAGGCACACAGCGAAAACCUUUGAACACGUCCUUGCAGCGCCCAAUGGGAAUCGAACGAGCGUCAAAGCUUUCUCACCGGCGACACGUCGACAUGGCCCGAAGUGCUCGAAGAUCUUGGUGCGGACGUACCUGUGACACACCUCGUGCUCAACGUCGGGAUGUUGUUCGUCACCUGGUCCGAAGCGGGCUACAUGGACCGUGUCACCGAUGCGCUCCGUCUCGUCACGUCGAUGCUCCACACCUCGAAUUCGUCGGUUCCGCUGCGCAUUAUUUGGCCUUCGACGCCGUCCGUCAGCCCCGGGGUUAAUUGCUUCCAGGCAUACAAGAGAGUGACUUUGAAGGAUCAUGGAAUCUUGGCGCAGCGCGUCUUGAAGGAUUUCAAAGAGGCGAAGCCGAAGUUUCGUGUCGAUUUCGUCGAUUACUUCAGUUUGACGGAUACGAGACCCGAGACCUCGACGGAUGGAAGGUGAGCUGAACGUUCCCCCGAACAUGCCCCGAGGAAGUCUUGAAUGAUCAACAUUGUCUUCAUGCUGCUCAGACACUGGCCGAUGGAAAGUGAUUUCGAAACGGUGACCAACUUGAUGCGACCGCUGGUCAAGUCGGCAGAUGAUGCCAUGUUGGAAUGGGCAUGGGAUGUAUGGAGGGUCAGGGACCAAGAGGAAAGGGAGGUUUGA